CCCACACCGGUGCACACACACGCAUACACACUUACAGCCACAGACGCAGCCCUGGUUAUACAUGACCAACCCCUGAUGAAGGAGCUGAGUAGGGGAGGGUGAAGUGCUCUGCAGAGCCCCAGUGGACAUGCCCAGCCCUGGGGGUGCCUCAGCCGAGAGCGACCCCAGCCUGGAGGACUGGAACCAGAGGUUCUGGAAGAAAACAGUGAAUGGCGCUUCUGUUCUGACGCAUUCCAUGAAGAGCACAACAUCUGGGAACGUCAUCAGGAAAACCAAGGGCAUCGUUCCCCCGUUUCCUGAGCAGUUCCUCCACCAGGGCCGCGUCUGCAAGCUCAAGGCUAUCCAGGGAGAGUCUUCCUCACAGCUCCGCCAGUUCACAUGUGUGCCUGUGGAGUGGAGAUUACCAAUUAAAAACUUUGUUGUGUGGAAGCAGGGAAGAGGACAUCUUACAAGACAGGCUGAUGAGAACCCCGCCACUCUGGCGAGGAAGGAGAGAGAGAGCAUAACCGACAGCAUGCUGUCUGACGGAGGACUGUACAAGGCGGAGGUGGUGUUCAUAGGGGACCCGGAGGUGUCCAGCUCAACAGGCGGGCCCAGACAGGAGCCUCUACCUCAGUGUAACCCUGCUGAUCACAUGACCGUUCCCCCGCCCUCUCCCCCAAUCAGAGCUCAGCAGGGACACACAGCCCACAAUGUUGUCCCUGCUAUGGAAACAGCUGUUAGCGAGCGAGGGGGCGUUUCUGCGUGGGGUCCCAGAACCCCAGCCCCGACGGAGGUCAGUCAGGGUCUAAACACAGCCUGUGAGUCAGAGAGAAGCAGCCCCUCCCCAGAUCUGUACCCCACCCCGGGCUCGUCCAGGGAGUCCAUCCUGUCAGAGGGCUGGGACGGAGACCCCGGCUGGGGCCGGAGUUGGUGGGCCCUGCCCCCCAUGUCCCCAGAGCCCUCCUCCCGCUUCUCCCCCUUCUCCCCCAGCCGCACCAUCUCUCCCUGCUCCUCCGUCAGGUCUGGAACCUUCUCUCCCACCGUGGUGCGUCUGACGAGACACGCCCUGGCCCCCGGCUCCCGCCUCCUCCACAUGCCCCCGCCCUCCGACCCCCCCUGCGGGGACAGCCCCUGCCCCCUCUCCCCACGCGCCCGACACCGCCCCCCCCCCACCCGCCUCUCCCUGCUCACCGCCAUCCUCAGGAAGGGUCGCCUGCCCGUGCUGUCCUCCCCCCACCAGAGGCCCUACACCCCCUGCUGGCCCAUCAACCCACUCAGCCUGUCCACCUGCAAGGCCUGCUCUGCAGCCUCCAGCCUGGCCUCCAUCCAUCUGGAGCUCUCCUCCAGGGGCACGCCCCCGACCUCCACUCCCAUCCCAGCCCACGGCCACUGUUGUGGGGAUGGGAGUGUCGUGGCGCCCCCUGGUGGCAGUCCUCCUCUCACCUCCACAGACAGACACCCAGAAGGACGGAGGCAGGAUAGGGGAGGGCUCUAUGGGAGGGGCACUCGUUCAUCUCCUACUCCAGGCCCGCUAUCUCCCCUCCCUCCUGCUCUUCCUCCUGCUCUUCCUCCUUCUCUUCCUCCUUCUCUUCCUCCUCUUCCUCGCCUGCCUUUAACUCCUGACCUCCCCAAGUCUCCACUCUCUCCCUCCUCCUCGUCCUCCAGCCUCAGACCCAGACAGCCUCCUGAGCCGGACUGCUCCCCCCAGACCGCUGUGGCCCAGAUAUCUUUUCCACAUGCGUGCUCACCUGGAACCAGACUUCUGACUCCUGAGAACACACCAAUUAACUCACAGCAGGACAGGAAUCACCAGAAGCCUGGUCCUCCACUCCACUCCUCCCAUCCCAAGCUGUUCUGCUCAUCCCCUCAACUAAUCAACACUCCAGGAGCCCCUGCAUCCCCGGCCUCCCACCUCUCCAGCCUCUCCGGCCCCGGGCCUCACUCCUCGCUCUCCAGGCUGUACCCUGCCUCUCCAAUCCCCACUCCUCUUCCCUCUUUCCGCUCCUGUCCAGCUCUGGCUCCCCCCUCCUCCUCCGCCCUCCCACGCCCCCCUCCCCCCUCCUCCUCCGCCCUCCCAGGCCCCCCUCCUCCGGCCUCCUCCCCCCUCCCAGCCCAGCCUCUCUUCUCCGACUCGCACAUCAUCACUGCUCCUCCCCAGGGGCGAGGCAAACCAACACCUUCCCUGUUGUUCCAGAACGGUCUCUCAGACCGUCCAGAGUGGCGCAAGCCUGACCCUCACAGUCCGACAGCCCCCCCAGCCCACUCCUCCCCCCCCCGGGCCUACAGCCUCUCCCCCUCCCGCUACACCCCCCUCGUGUUCCCUGGCUCUCAGUCUCCCGACCUCCACAUCUCCCGGCCCUCGCCCUCAGCCACGCCAGACCGCCUCGCCCUCUCCCCCUCGCCCGCACCCCCCUCCCGCACCCUCACCCUGUCCCCCUCCGCGUCACUGCGCUCCACCCCCUCGCCCCGGCCAGGAAGCGCCCUGUCUGACUGCUCCGACAGGGAGGGUGCAAAGAGAAAGCCACACAAGAUCAAGCUGAGCUACAAAGCCCUCGCUGCGAUUCCAACCAACACCCUCCUGUUGGACCAACAGGCCAUCGACGACUCCGUGGAGACGCAGGGAGACCACUGGGACAGACUGCCCAUCGAGGAUACUCAUGUUGAGAUGUGCUCCCCCGCUCAGCUCAGACAGCAGAGUGAGGAGCUGUACGCCGUCAUAGACAAGGUCCUGCAGGACUCCCUUCCAUUGCGUAACCCCUCCCCCGCUCGCUGGAGCUCUCGAGAGUUCCUGGACAGAGGUGUAGCCAAGCCCUGCACAUUAUCACCAAGAUCAAUGGGACGUGAAACUAAAUAUGCAACACGACACGCACACCCGGCUCCAGAGUCAAGCCUGCUGGAUCACAACACGACCAGGCCUGGCGUCAUCAAACCGGUCAACUCUAGUCCAAGACUGACGGUUACUAAUGACGAUGACGAUGGUGACAGCUAUCAUGGCAACCCCUUCAGGCAGUACAUGCAGGACCUGUCACACAGUCACUCCAGCAAGCUUGAAAGCGCCCUUCUGAGGACAGGCCCGGGGGCCGGAGGCUGUGGAGGCCUGGGGGCCGGAGGCUGUGGAGGCCCGGGGGCCGGAGGCUGUGGAGGCCUGGGGGCCGGAGGCUGUGGAGGCCUGGGGGCCGGAGGGGGGAGGAGGACAGCGCCUGGGGGCCCUGGGGGCCCGCCGUGCCUCUCUGCCCUCCUGAUAUCAGAGGGUGAGGGGCCGCGCCCCCCCAGCCCACCUGCAGAAGGAGGGGAGCUGAGAUCGCAGCCCCUCUGCAGCCCCCCUCAGCAGCCCCAGGCCUUGGAGACUCACAUCUAAGAUGCUGAGAAGAGCUGCAACUGACGUCCUCCUGUGUUGGUCCGGGCCAUGUCCGUCUGGCUCCUUAAACAUUUGAAAACAUAAUAUGAAUCUUGCAUUUUCAACCUCCUCUUACUGUUUUAUUUAAUAAUUCAAUCAUGUUACUCACCAGAUGGAAUGUCAUUUGAACCAUAAUGUCAUGUUGUUUUGGCAUUAAAGGCUACAUUUUGUAGGAA